UCGUAUGGAUAAUUCCAGAGUUGCAGACGCAGUUCUCAGCUCUGAAACGUGGAGCCUUUCUUCAAUCAAUUUCAGGGCAAGAAAGCCAGAGCGCAUAGUGGUCUCUCUGUGCCCUGACCCUAAUCUGAUUCCCAUUCCAAGUUCAAGUGUAAAUAGAAAAUUAUGUCAUAUGCUUAUGCAACUCUGCAAUUUACCUUCCCCUCAACAUGUGCUUUUGAAUUGUCGACGAAGGUGAGGAGAGUACAUCUUCAAGUUCUCUGCUCGGCUGCUGAGACCUCCGAUGGAGACUUGGAAGAUUCUGAUAUGUCGAGACAAUUGGCUGGACAGAAUUUCAUUUUGGUGGAAAGAUAUGGGAAUGGCUUUUCAAAGAGGUACGUAUUAGAUAAUGACUUGCAUGUAAAAGCUUUUGUCCACCAACAAGGAUUUGAAGCUAAUGGGUUCCAGGGCUCAUAUUUUUCCAACGCACGAUUGUCUUGGCUUCCAACUAUGGUUAAAGAUUUUAUCUUGCCCGCAGGCUUUCCGGGAUCUGUUUCAGAUGAUUACUUGGAGUAUAUGCUGUUACAGUUCCCUACCAAUGUUACUGGAUGGAUUUGCCAUGCCUUGGUCACUUCAAGUUUAUUAAAGGCUGUAGGUGUUGGCUAUUUCUCUGGAUCUACUGCUGCUGCUUCUGCUGCUGCUAUCAGAUGGGUAACCAAGGAUGGCAUUGGUGCUGUUGGCCGCUUGCUAAUUGGUGGACGGUUUGGCAAUCUUUUUGAUGAUGACCCUAAACAAUGGCGCAUGUAUGCGGAUUUUAUUGGCAGUGCUGGAAGUAUCUUUGAUCUCACUACUCAGUUAUAUCCUGCCUAUUUUCUACCAUUGGCAUCUCUUGGAAAUCUCACGAAGGCUGUGGCAAGGGGGCUAAAAGAUCCAUCAUUUCGGGUCAUUCAAAACCAUUUUGCUGUCUCAGGAAACCUAGGAGAAAUAGCAGCAAAGGAGGAAGUUUGGGUUGCUGCUCAGCUACUUGGCCUUGCUUUUGGCAUACUGAUCCUGGAUACACCUGGUCUCUCAGCAUCAUAUCCACUGUUAGGAUUCACAUGGAUAACUAUUCGGCUUCUGCAUCUGUGGUUACGAUAUCAAUCUCUUUCCGUUCUUCAAUUUGACAGUAUAAAUCUCAAGCGUGCUCGGAUGCUGGUAAAGUCCCAUGUUUCACAUUCUAGUGUCCCAGGAUGUGCUGAUUGCAAUAGAAUGGAAAAUUUCUUAUUAUGGCAAAGAUUUUUGAAACCACGAAUAGUCUAUGGGGUGCCUUUGGAAGAGAUUUUUGGUGUGGAGAGAUCUAUUUCCAUGGUGAAGAUGCUUUUGAAACUAUAUGCAAAGGAGAAAUAUAUCCUGGUGGUGAACAAACUACAAACAGAUUUUGAGGUCUUGGUGUCCUUCAAGGUGGGAGCUACAAGUUUAUCGGUUUUGAGAAGCAUAUGGCAGGCUUAUUGGCUGCAUCAGAAUUGGAAAAGUGAAAAGAACAAGUUCAAUUUGCUCGAGCAAAGCUUAACAGAAUUGGAGGGAAGGUUUCAGAAUUUCAUGGAACAGUUAGAAGCAGCCGGAUGGGAUACGCAUCAAAUAAGCUUGAAGGUUCCCAAGGACCUCUCAAUAGAAGAAAUUGACAUCGGUGCUGUCUGAUAACCUCUUUGUCUUCCUGUCUUCGUUGCCACUAGAGAUUGCAUUGUGCUGCUGCUGCUGAUGGCCAAUUCCAGUCGCCAUAAUUUGUUCCACAAUGGUGUGAAGAGAAAUGGCUCUGCUGCUGCCCCAGAAAAUGUUUAACCACGGAUUAGUCAUUUUUAACAAAGUAAGCAAAGAUAUGAGAUUUUAUAGUUUUGUAUUUCUAUUUGCAUCUUGUAAUACCACAAACCACUCCGGUUUCUCUACCCCUGCAAAGCAAACAUUCUUUUUUU